GUGUCUGAGUUCACAGUGCUGCCAGGCUCAGCGAACCUCUGGUCCAUUUCGAAGAGCUAGCGAGUUAACUUGAAUUCAGAAUGGCAUCAGUUGAGGAAAUGUCUAAUGCUGUGUCAGAUGCGGUCAGGGAGGUGAUGGCAAACUAUGGAAAUGUGGAAGAAGACUUAAACAUGGAUGUGGAAGAGUCUCUGAACGGCGGAUAUGUGUUUUACAGGGACAGGAAAGAUUGGGCAGAUCUGGAGCCUGUUCCUCAGGAUGAUGGGCCCAAUCCUGUGGUAAAAAUUGCAUAUUCAGAAAGAUUCUCAGAUGUGUAUGAUUACUUCAGAGCCUUGCUGAAGAAUGAUGAGAAGAGUGAGAGGGCGUUUGCGCUCACUGCUGAAGCCAUCGACCUUAACGCUGCAAAUUAUACAGUAUGGCACUACAGGAGAGUACUGCUGCAAGCUUUGGAGAAAGAUCUGAGGAAGGAGAUGAAAUAUAUCACUGCAAUUAUAGAAGACCAGCCCAAGAACUAUCAAGUCUGGCAUCACAGGCGCAUGGUGGUUGAGUGGCUUAAUGAUCCAUCUGAAGAGCUGCAGUUCACAUCCGAGAUCCUCAUUCAGGAUGCCAAGAACUACCACGCAUGGCAGCACAGACAGUGGGUCAUUCAGGAAUAUAAACUGUGGGACGGGGAGCUGGAAUACGUAGAGGAGCUGUUGGAAGAAGAUGUGAGGAAUAACUCUGCAUGGAACCAGCGUCAUUUUGUCAUAAGUCAUACCACCACUUAUUCUCCCACAGACGUGCUAGAGCGAGAAGUGCAGUACACUAUAAAACAAAUCAGGAAAGCACCACACAAUGAAAGUGCAUGGAACUAUCUGAAAGGGAUUCUGCAGGCUACAGGACUCUCGGCGCAUCCUGAGGUGCUGCAGCAGGUUCAGAAACUGCAGGAGACGUGCUGCUCGCCACAUCUGCUCGGCUUCCUAGUGGAUUUCUAUGAGGACACACUCGAAACCAACAACAGUAGCAAUAAGCUAGACACACUCAACAAGGCCUUGGAGAUCUGUGAGCUGCUUGCCCAGGAGAAGGAUACUAUCCGGCGAGAAUACUGGCGCUACGUGGCCCGCUCACUUCAGAGCAAGUAUGGUUCAGAAGACAUCCAGUCUAUGUCCACUGAGGAGCAGGAGAUCCCCAGCAAUUACUGAGAGAAAGGAAAAGAGAGUGAAAUCUGUAUAACCGGAUAGAGGGAGUCAGCGAAGACUCUUACUUAGAAGCUUACAAGACUCUUGCUGAACUGGUGUAUUUCUGUAUUUUGGUUUUACCAUAUUGGUAAAGCCCAUUAUGUGGUUGCUGCAAGUCAAGUAGAGGAAGAAUAUGAAUCCGUUGUGUAGUCAUGUGACAAGACUUGAAGGCUGCAAUGAAUCAAUCAUAAUCUAUUAGUAAAUUAAUAAGAAGUUGGAGUUCAGACUUUUGCGGGGGGGGGAUUUAGCAUCAAUAAUAAGACUACACAAAUAUAUGCCCAAUCUGCAAAUAUAUACAAAAAACUGUUGCCAAAAUAUUCCCUAGCAAACUCUGUAAAGCUCUUGUGUGUAUGGCUGUUUUUGUAUGCUUACAAUAAAAAAGGUUAACACGA